AUGGGGAAUGGAUUUGUAGCUGUCCUGUCCUCACCCGUGAGGAAAACUUUGAGCCUAGCCCAUCCCAGCCCCUGUCCUCUUAGACACGCCCCCAUUCUGGGUGAACUGUGGGCUCUGUGCCGCUUGGACAAAUUCUGGUCUCUAAGAGAUCCGGCUUUGCCUCUAUCUCUGCCCCUGACUCCCUCUGUCAUAGCACAGCUCUUCAUAAAAAUAUUUUUAUUCAUCCUGUUUCAUGCUGUAUGGAGGAGGCUGAGUCCACUUAAUAGCAUUUCUUCCCAUAAUGGGAGUGGGGGGGGGGGUCAUGGGGAGGAAAGCCUUUGGGUUCCUGCGCUAUAUUCAUAUGAAGAGAAGUGGGUCGGGUGGAGGAGGACUGCAAAGUGGUUAGCUCAGGUUAUUGCUUUUUGUGGCAAACCUAAUUAA